AUGUCGAACCUUCUGCGUCGAAAGCGAUCUCAGCAGGCGACUGCCAGUGCCGCCUCCGACUGGGCCCCACGAGACGACAUGCUCACGCAGGCCGCUGCUGCCGUUGUUGCCGCCGAAGCUGCGGCUGCUGCCUCGAGCGAAUCGAGACGGUUCAAUGAGCGUCUGCUCGCGACGCAACCACUGGGUGCGAGCCGCCCGCGCAGCUGGGCCUCGUGCUCCUCGAGCUCGAUCCACUCGUCUUUCAUCGACUCCGCCUACGGCACACUCGACGAGGCAGAGUCCUCGGAUGACUCGAUCUCGCUCUGGAGGAAAAACACGAUCAAGGGAGUGCACCGUCAGCACCAGCAGCGGAGCGCGCAGCACGUGGAUGGCGAUGGCGCAGUCGGCGCCCGGUUAUCGGACUCCGUGAGCGAUCGCGGCGCGAUGGUCGACGACGAACUCGCACAGGCUACGGGCUUGUUUGCAUUGAACGUGGCACGCCGAGGGUCUCGAAGACGCUUUCCUUCAGGCACGAGGUCACGCAGCGUGGGCACCGACGAUGUCUUCCAAUGGAGUCGACGACACCAGCUGCACGAGCAGCGCAGCCGAAGUUCGAGCUUGGGCCGACGUGGCAACGAAAACGACGAUUACGGCUCGCGUCUCGGCUCACCUAGGGGUUCAGUCUUCAGCCUUGAUGAUGACGAGGGCAUGCUGUCCUCGUCCCUGUACUCGCAGGAACACUCGUUCGAUUCGGUCGAGUCCUUCCAGUCCUCGUCUCGAUCGAGCUAUCGAUCGUCGCCUGAGCCCAGUGAAUACGAAUUCGACGUGGCUCGCCUGACGCCCUCGAGGAAACGCUCCAAACGACUCGCCAGAGCAUCUUUUGAAUCAACUUCAUCGACCAACGGCAAGGUGACCUUGUCGCGUCGACACACCCUGCCUCGCCGACGAGAACGCGGUCGCGCUCCCUCAAUCUCGAUCACUCUUGUCACCGGCUCCAUCGCGGGCAGCACCGAGACCGAAUCGAUCUUGACCACGCCAUAUCUCUCGUCGCUCGUCGAAGUUUUGCCCAAGUCUUUGCCUCCACUGACCACGCUUGCGGCGUCUCUGUCGGUCUUGCUCACCCUCUCCUCGCUCCUCGCCCCCGUCCCCCUGCUCGCGUCUUCUCCAGUACACAUCCUACGCACCCGCGACCAUGCCGCAGUCGAAUACGCCAAUGCCUUCUUGUCUCCUCUUCUCGUAUCGGGCGUCAAGCCUGCCGCUGCACUGGCCAUCGCCAACUUUGCGUCACUGGCCUCCAUCGAGACUGGGACCUCGGCCAGCACGUCGCUGAAGGCCCUUGUCGUCUCGACGCUCUGGAUCGCCAUCAUGUCGCUGCGCGUGUCUCUCAGCUACAUCUUUGGACGCGCUCUGGGUUGGGCUCACCCGCAGUGGUUUUCUACGCGUGCGAUCCAUGAAGUUGGGGCUGGUACGUCUGGCUUCCUUCAUCCCGGGCCAUGUGAAGGCGCACACGAGUGCUGACCGUUUACUCGCAUCUUGUGUCCCCAGGUUGCGCACCCCUUCUGCUGUCGCUCUCGCUUGUGCAUGCCUACACGAUGCGCCAUCGGCCCUCCAAGUCCGCGAUUUCACCGUUCCAUCUGGCUCUGCUGGCGGCCAACUUCUGCACUCCAAUUGAACAGGGCGGAUCCGGCUUCUGGCUGGGCGUGAGCGCCUUUGUCGUUGCGGCGAUCGUUUGCCUUGGACUCUUCGCUUUCGACCAACGUGUGCAGAAGCGCAGCAUUGGCAGCACCACAACGAAGCGCAGGUCCCAGCUUGCAGCCACUCUCGGCGCUCUUUGCGUGAUCCCUUGUCUUGCCUACCUAUCUGGAUCCUCAACGCCGGCAUCCGUUCAAGCCAUGUCGCUCGACGAGACAUUUUCGCAGCUCCACCCGGCUCAGCCCCACCUGCUUACGAUCCUGCUCAUGACCGCACCCCGCCCCGGCAACCCCGACUUCUUGCUACGGACGAUCGAAAGCUGGCUUGGUGGCCUGCCUGAACCCGCAACGACGCCUUUGUCGCAUUCGCUGACCAUCGGCAACUUCACCAUGACUCCGGUCAACCAAGGUCGCGUGCGGCUGCUUGUCUACACCCAUUUCACUACGCACACCAUGUUCGACGCAGCCCGCGAGUACUUUGCCCAGAGCCCGAUCUACGCUCGCAAGGCCUCUCACUACUUGCAGUGGUAUCGCGAUCCCCGCAGCGCGAACCGAUUGGACCAACGCCUCCAUGUCGCUCGAGGCCUGCACCAUGCCGCCACCGACGGAGGCUCAAGCGCCUAUGUCAUGCUUGCCGAGGACGACUUCCCCCUCUGCCCCGAUGGGGACACGUCGCGCGGUCAAAAGUGGACUUCAGCUUGGUCCGAGUUGCAGCGCGUUCUGGUUGCAACGAACGAAGCGAUGCCCGACUGGCCUUUGGCCGAAGCCGGAUCUGCAGGCGAGUCUCUGGACAUGAGCCAAGAGGAAGCUUCGAGCGGUCAUUGCGGCGUCUUUGUCGCCACGGGAGGUUCAGGCCUCGCGAUCCGUGGCUUCAUCGCCGCCAAGCUGCCGGCCCUGCUUCUUGGGGCUCACGAUCCUCAUGGCAAUGCGCGUGACGCUCGGGCCAUUCGCGGCGAGUUCUCGGUCAAGCACGAGGACGAAGGCGCGGAUACGCCCGAUCUCGUCAUCCAGGAUUGUCUGCGAGGUCGCAUUCCCAGUUGUGGGGUCUGCAGCGCUCCCGACUCGUCUUCAGUCAAGCGCCCUGCUCGCCGCUUCCCCGCCGGCUCGGCCCGCAACCCAUACGGCGUCUCGGGUGAUCGCUGGGGCAAGAGCGGGCUCGUUGGUACAGCCCAAUUGCUGCAGCGACAUCUCGGCUACAAUGCCUCGACUCUUCCUGGUCGAAAAUACGGCCAGGAGGAAUGGGCCUGCGGCUGGCGCCAACCCUUCAACGGUGAUCCGGACGUCUUGACGCUUUGA